GCGAGGCUCCGAGGCUAUGAGGUGAGGACGCCUGGGGACUGGAGGCGGCACUGCGCGGCGCGACGCCCAGGGACGCGGAGCCCCAAAGCCGGUGGAUGACUUUCGGAUCCCGCAGCGCGCGCAAGGUGGAGGAGAGAACAUUGAAAUUAUUCUCUAAGCUAUUUGAAGAGAGUGACUAAAUGCACCUGAGUCAGGCUGUCCGUGGGUAUGAAGUGGUUGGGAGAAUCCAAGAACAUGGUGGUGAAUGGCAGGAGAAAUGGAGGCAAGUUGUCUAAUGACCAUCAGCAGAAUCAAACCAAAUUACAGCACACGGGGACGGACACCCUGAAGGCUGGCAAAAACGCAGUCGAGAGGAGGUCAAGCAGAUGUAAUGGUAAUUCAGGAUUUGAAGGACAGAGUCGUUAUGUGCCAUCUUCUGGAAUGUCUGCCAAGGAACUCUGUGAAAAUGACGACCUUGCAACCAGUUUGGUUCUUGAUCCCUAUUUAGGUUUUCAAACACACAAAAUGAAUACUAGUGCUUUUCCUUCGAGGAGCUCAAGACAUUUUUCAAAGUCUGACAGUUUUUCUCACAACAACCCUGUGAGAUUUCGGCCUGUUAAAGGAAGGCAAGAAGAACUAAAGGAAGUAACUGAACGUUUUAAGAAAGAUGAGCACUUGGAGAAGGCCUUCAAAUGUUUGACUUCAGGUGAAUGGGCAAGGCACUAUUUUCUCAACAAGAACAAAAUGCAGGAGAAAUUAUUCAAAGAACAUGUAUUUAUUUACUUGCGAAUGUUUGCAACUGACAGUGGAUUUGAAAUUUUGCCUUGUAAUAGAUACUCGUCAGAACAAAAUGGAGCCAAAAUAGUUGCAACGAAAGAGUGGAAACGAAAUGACAAAAUAGAAUUACUGGUGGGUUGUAUUGCCGAACUUUCAGAAAUUGAGGAGAACAUGCUACUUAGACAUGGAGAGAGCGACUUCAGUGUCAUGUAUUCCACAAGGAAAAACUGUGCUCAACUUUGGCUUGGUCCUGCUGCCUUUAUAAACCAUGAUUGCAGACCUAACUGUAAGUUUGUGUCAACUGGUCGAGAUACCGCAUGCGUGAAAGCUCUAAGAGACAUUGAACCUGGAGAAGAAAUUUCUUGUUAUUAUGGAGAUGGUUUUUUUGGAGAAAACAAUGAGUUCUGCGAGUGUUACACUUGUGAAAGACGGGGAACUGGUGCUUUUAAAUCCAGAGUGGGACUGCCUGAGCCUGCUCCUGUUAUCAAUAGCAAAUAUGGACUCAGAGAAACAGAUAAACGCUUAAAUAGGCUUAAAAAGUUAGGUGACAGCAGCAAAAAUUCAGACAGUCAAUCUGUCAGCUCUAACACUGAUGCAGAUACCACUCAGGAAAAAAACAAUGCAAGUAAGUAAGGGAGAUUUAAUAAGCAUAUCAUUGUUAAAGAAAUAUUACACCGUUUGCUUUCUAAAACGUGCUUAAAUGAUUAUGAACGUUUAAAUAUUAAGAGAAACUGGUACUCAUGAGCUUCAGCACUACUGCUAGGUUCUAGUGUAAAGACACACUCUGUAUCCUACCUACAAAUGUAAUACCACCCUCCAGACUUUUCCUCAAAUGCUUGAUAACUAGAUACUCAGUUCUUUAUCAUAUGUUCCAGGAUCAUCAUAAAUUUAAGGAAAAUAUGUUCAAGGUGUUAGUAACACUAUAUUAAUGUUGUUAGACCCAACAAGAAGACAAAGGACUGGGUACAAUUAUAUAGGCUCAUAAAUGCUCUAUUGU